AUGCCGCUCGUCGAGCGCGCGAGCGACGGCGGCGCGUCGCCGGCGCUCGUCGCGGCGUGCGAGACGCUCGGGGUUUUGAUCCACGGCGAGACGGAGCGACGCGCGACGGAGCGCGCGGACGAGGACGACGCGAGCGAGGCGCGGGAGACGGCGAAGGAGGGCGCGAGCGACGUCGAGGAUGGAGAGGCGGAGAAGUUCGCGAGGGCGCUGAGCGCGAAACCGCGAGGGGAGGUUUUGGAGGCGCUGACGGGACACGCGGAGACGCUGUUCGGCGACGGGGGGGAUAAGGAGGUGAGCGGCGUCGUGGCGGUGAUGGCGAAUCUGGCGGGAGACGAUGGGGGGGCGAUGAAACGCGUGAUGGAGUGCGUGACGGCGAGCGUGAGCGAACGAGUGAGUCUGCGGGUGCGGUGCGCGAUUGCGUUGUACAACGACGCCGACGCGAAGGAUGGGGAGACAAAGCUUGAAUUGUUUGAAAAGAUUGCGGCGUAUUGCGUCGCGGCGAAACAAAAGCAAGUGUUACCCAUGCUCGUCGCGCACGCGAGCGAGGCCAAGGCGUGGGGCGGCGAGGUCAAGACGCAGCGCAGAGUGUUGAAGUUGUGCGUCGAUUUGCUCCGAGAGUUGGAGGGUCGCGAGGAGGAGUUGUUCUCGUGCAUGAUCAAGUAUUUAGCGACGUUUGAAAACGACAGUGGAGCCGUCGCGGAGGCGGCGGAUAUCGCCAAGGAAACCGCGCGCAUAUUCAUCAGCUCGCCGACGAUGUUCCACGGGGAUUUCUUAGCGCUCAAGGGGAUGCAACAUUUGCAAUCCGCCGACGCCAACGCGCUCAAGCUCUUGUCCACCAUGCUCACGGGCUCCGUGGCCGACUACAACGCCUUGGUCAAGGCGAACGGGUCGAUCGUCUCCGGUCUCGGCUUAGACGCCGAUGACUGCGUGGCAAAGAUGCGCAUGAUGGCGCUGGCGGCGCUCGGUAAGAAGGGCGACGCGUCGUACUCUGAAAUCAAGGAGGCGAUGCAGUGCGACGACGGUGAGGUUGAGGAAUGGGUCGUGCGCGCAGUUGGCGCGGGUGUGGUCGACGCGAAGAUGGAUCAAAUGAAGCAACGCGUUGUUUUCACUAGAUGCACCGACCGCGUAUUCACUGGUGCCGAGUGGCAAGAGUUGAGCUCGCGCAUAACGCAGUGGCGAGGCAAGAUCGCCGCGCUUCAAAAGACGUUGUCGGCAAACUAA